AUGAAAAAGGUAAAAGUUGUCAUUAGGGAAAGGAUAAACCCUUUGAAUUUAUGCUUGGGCAAUGGGGCCCAUAAUAAUCUCAUCUUUAUAUGCUUACUUGUAAUUUCACCAAUCCAUGAUUCUUCUCUGGCUUUAAAUACAGUGAAAAAUGCUGUGCAGUUUGCAUCAAUUGUGAUAAAGCAAUCGUACAGCAAUUGGAAAUUUCAAUUCUUGAAUGUAAUGGAAGACCAACACCUUUCACCAAAUAGCACGAGAGAUACCGAAUGUAAACUUACAAUUACAGAAGAUGAAGGUCAAGGUCAAGGUGAAGAUCAUCAUCAAUAUUUUGAUGGUCGCCGAAUGCAUAGAGUGCCCCAAAUUAUGAGAUUCAACAAACACGACGAAGAGGAUUACUACGCUCCUAAGAUGGUUUCCUUUGGCCCUUAUUACCAUGGCUUGCCAGAACUUGGCAUGGCAGAAGAAUUCAAGCAUGAAGUCCUUAGAAUGUUUGUUUCAAGCAGCGGCAAAGACAAACAAUUCUUCUACUGCCAGAUCUUUAAAGUGAUCGACCAGAUUAGAAAUUGUUACGUUGGGGUUUCUAGAGAUGCAUAUGACGAUGGAGCACUAUCAGAAAUGAUGCUUCGAGACGCAUUUUUCACUAUAUAUCUUAUGGAGAUUGCCUUGGAAGAUGAAGAUGAAGAUGAAAAAUCUUCCCUCUUCCUUCAACAUCUUGGAAUGGCUGCAAUUCCGUUUGCAUUUCGGGAUACAAAUUUACUUGAGAAUCAAAUUCCACUCUGGGUUAUUAAGCUCUUGAUUAAUUUAAUGUAUGGAGAAGGAUCCAUGUUACUUUGUAAUUACUUAAGUUCCAUGAUUUUGGAGAAUACCAGGCUAACAAAAAUUCCUGGAGAAGAUAAAAAGCAACCACUUCACCUACUAGAUGCUUAUCAUCGACUACUUGUCGAAGAAUUGGAUAAUGCAGGAAAAAUACUUGUCCAGCCUGUUAACAAAUGUCAAUGGUGGCCAAGGAGGAAAGAGAAUCGAACUGAAUUUGGGAAAUACAAUCGUCAAUUUCGUUCAGUCUCCUAUCUCAGAUCAAAAGGCAUCGACUUCAAACCUAGUUCAUAUUGUUUGAAGAGUAUUAGGUUCAAUUCCUACACAUUUUAUGGGCAAGUUCAACUCCCGGUUUGGCUUUUCACUUCCAUUUCCAAGCUAUUCUUUAUAAACAUGAUUGCAUAUGAAACAUCUCCAGAAAAUGACACUGGCAUUACUAUAAUAUGUUAUGUUAAUUUCUUGAAAUCGCUCAUUGACAAACCAGAAGAUGUGAAGGAGCUGCGAGAAAAGAAGAUACUCUUUAGCACCCUUGACAGUGAUGAACAAGUUGCCAAAGUAAUCAAAGAGAUUGAUACUUGCGGAAUUGACGAUUACUCUAUAUUUGAUGAUGUGAAGACGGGAAUUGAGAAGCACUACAGCAGCAAGGCAAGGACAUGA